AUGUCCCAUCUCACCUUCCCCGGCGCAAAUAAAUCACCCUCAUUCCGGCCAGCCCCGAGCAGCGGGCCCGCCUUUAAACCCCGGACUGGCGGUGCGCGGCGGUGGUAUAUCCCAUUAAUCGCUACAAUUGGACUGGGUAUGUUUCUCUCCCUCCCCUCCCUCGCCGCCUCCCCGGGCUUCGUCGCAUACGAUUACUACCUCACCGCGGUAUCCCGCCGAGAACAGCAACUCCGCGAAGAAGAGAUACGGUGGGCGCGGAAUCAGCAGCUCAUGGAUGCGUAUGGGGAUAAGGAGUCGCUGCGCGAUGUGCAGCAGGCGCUGGAUGCUUAUGAGGUGCGGUGA